CCCGAGAGGAAGUGGCUGUCGCGCCGCUGAUUACGUAAUACAGCGGCGGCCGAGGCAGUUCCGCUGGCUCGAGUGUACGCGGCGAGCGGUCCUGGUGCUGCCCACUCGGCUCUCGUAGCGACCGCAGCCGAGUCCCGGACACCGCCUGAACAUGGACUCCGCCGGCCAAGAUAUCAACUUGAAUUCUCCUAACAAAGGUCUGCUGUCUGACUCCAUGACCGAUGUCCCUGUCGACACAGGUGUGGCUGCCCGGACUCCUGCUGUUGAGGGUCUGACGGAGGCUGAGGAGGAGGAGCUCAGGGCGGAGCUCACCAAGGUGGAAGAGGAAAUCAUCACUCUGCGCCAGGUCCUGGCAGCCAAGGAGAGGCACUGUGGAGAGCUCAAGAGGAGGCUGGGCCUCUCCACCCUGGGGGGGCUGAAACAGAACCUGUCCAGGAGCUGGCACGACGUGCAGGUGUCUAACGCCUACAAGAAGACUCAGGAAACUCUCUCACAGGCAGGACAGAGGACCUCAGCUGCUCUGUCCACUAUGGGCUCUGCCAUCAGCAGGAAGCUCGGAGACAUGAGGGCUCACCCAUUCUCACACUCCUUUAGCAGCUACUCCAUUCGCCACUCCAUAAGUAUGCCGGCCAUGAGGAACUCUGCAACCUUCAAGUCAUUUGAAGACCGAGUUGGGACAAUAAAGUCUAAGGUCGUGGGUGACAGAGAGAAUGGCAGUGACAACCUCCCUUCCCCAACGGGGAGUGGCGACAAACCCCUGUCGGAUCACGCACCUUUCUAAGCCUGCAGUCACUUCGCCCAGCCACAGAACACGCGCAAGCACACCUCAUCAUCAAACCACAGCCCUGCGUGGUGGAGCCACCAGCCGGGGCGCGUGCACAGUCAGUGUUGAGGACAGUUGCGCCCAUCCAAGUAGAUGUGGCUGCUGCGUUCGCAUGAAUUAGAGAACACAUUCUUGUACACAGAUGUUUUACACUAAAGUUCAUAGAUGAAACAGAUCACUGUGCCAUCCUUCCUGGGGUGCAGGACAUGGACAGGGCAGAGAAUCCAGAGGAGUAUUGAGCCAAAGUCCACACUCCCAUUGGGAAUCUUGGCAGCUCAUCAGAAUGUCAAAGAAUUGAAAAGAGUCCUAAGUAUAAGAUAAGGGGCAUCUUCUGACCAUCUCCCCUUCCUGCCCUAACUCACAGAAGAAAUACAGUCACCCAGAAAACCCUAUCUGCAAUUUUUUAAUCUCAAAAUGCUGAAUGAGAGAACUGUCCAUUUUCUGAGACCCCUAGAAAGGAAACUGAUUAUCAGCAGCUGCCUAAUUGUUACACUAAUCUAACUUUAACAAAAGCAAAGUCAUUAUUUUUUAAAUGCAGUGGACUUUUGAAAAUUAAAAUCAGGCAGAGCCGCUUUAGCCUCAUGGUUAGUGAACAUGAUUUCUUUGGCCUCAAGCUGAGAUACAAGCCUUACAUUGCCUUAUGCUUGAUUUGUUUAUAAUUUUUUUAUAUAUAAAAAUGAGGGUUCUUUAACAGGUUGUGAGCACUGUGUAGACUUGUACAUAGCCUGUGUGGCAGCCUGUACCAGUCGGGUGUUUUAUUUCACUAAUGCACUCCAUCCCAAUGUGUAAAAUUUGCUUCUCCUCUUAACCACUGGCAGCUCCUACUGGCUCCCCUCUGUGCCCAGAAGGGUUCCUGGGCCUCUGGGUUAGGAGGGGCCAAGAGAAGAAAAGCCUGUCUUUAGCACCCUUUAAGAGAUAUGCCCCUUCACAGUGCUACCUUUGCAUGGGCCUGGGCUGACUGGCUGGCGCUAAUUAGUAACUCCAGCCAGCCUGUUUGCUGCACUUAGGAUGAAAUGAUCCCACAGGCCAGGUCGAGGGUGGGGCAUGGGGAUCUGCUAGAACUUUGCUGUCACCUUCUCUCAGGAGCUACAAAGAUCUCUUUUCUGUUUUUAAACCAUCAUGACCCAGCAGCCUCCCCGACCAGGGCCUGCAUGUUGGGAGGCGUGGUCUGCAGGGCACCUUGCCUGCUGUGUGCUCAUCUGUACUCCCUGGAGGGGAAGGGCCACUCAGCUCAGGUGUUCUGUUUGGUAGAACGUGAUGUGUCCUCUGAUAGCCAAGUGUCCCUGGCCAUCUCAGACACUCUUGACAGCAUUCCUUGGCGAGGGAAGAGCGUCAUUUGGGGCCCUCUUUCCAGGGUUAAAACCUGUUCACAGGAUGUGAGCGGCAGGGUACAAGGGUGGUUACUUAUGUAUCGUCUCCUUAUGAGUAAUUUGUCAAUAAAGCAUUCCUCUGGCGGAACAUUCA